CAGCCGCCGUUUGUUUACUCGCUCCUCCGCCUCCCUUUUUCUUCUUUUUUUUUUCUUUUUCCUCCUCUAUCCACCUCGAUCGCCAUCACCAACUCUCGAUUUGCGAGGUGAGGACGAGCUCGCCCCGGGCUUGAUUAGCUCAAGCCCUGAACCCCCCAGAGCAGCAGCAGCAGCAGCGGAGGAGGAGGAGGAGGGAGAAGAGUGCGGGCGCCUCGGGAAGCCGGCCGACAGUGGUACGUGCAUCCAUCGCUCUCUCCUUUCCCCUCCUCCGCUCUCUCUCUCGAUCCAUCUUUCCCUCUCUGUUUUCAAUCUACAGAUUCGGUUGAUUCAGUCGGUUGUGGUACAAUUCUGCAUCCGCAUCGUAUCUCCACAUGAGCAAAAGGGGGCCUGGAAAGCACGCGCUUUUGAGAAAUUAGGAGAAAAGGGAUACAUGCAUAGCGAGAUCUUGAUCUUGGAAUGGUGUCCAGUCGAAGGAACACCGGGGGAAUCCAGCGGGAUGGGUCGCUCCGGGACUGGUCUGAAUUUGUUGACCCCUCACCGUCUCCUAAAUUGUUGUAUUCGCAAUCGUAUGUUGCAAUGAGAGGACUGCUGUCUUCUUUGGUCUCAAUGGAUUUUGCCUUACUGUCAAGCAGGCUGAAAUCUGCAUGGGCGGCUAUACUGUCCCAGAGGCAUACUCGGUCUCCCGAGAGGUCGAAAUCGAGGGGGCUGAGCUGCAAGAGACUUGCAUUUCAUCUGUUUGUGUGCUUCAUGGUCGGCAUCUUCAUUGGGUUCAUGCCGUUCUUCUCGGUCGAUGUCUCUCAGAAGAUAGUGUCUGAAAACGGGAGGCUUCCGUUUGAUGAGGGUGCAGUUGAUAGGGGAAUGGUGGAUGGUAAAGUUAAGGAGCUGGAGACAAUUGUGGUGGAGAAAGAGGUUGACAUAAUUGAUGAGAGCGAGGUUGAAGAGAGUCCUCCAGUCCCUGCAAUGCUGGAUGACGAGGCUGAUUUUGUUGAAUCAGCCCCUGCAAUACCUGAUAUCAAUGAUUUGGACAUCACUGUGAGAAAGCUUCUGAUAAUUGUUACGAUCACUACUGUUCGGCCACAACAAGCGUAUUACCUGAACCGUUUGGCUCAUGUCUUGAAAACUGUACAGUCUCCUCUUCUGUGGUUAGUGGUAGAAUGGCCUGAUCAGUCCUUUCAAACAGCAGAAAUCCUUAGGUCUUCUGGGGUUAUGUACAGGCAUCUCAUCUGCAGGAAGAAUACUACCAGUGUACGGAAAAUUGCUGUAUGUCAGAGGAAUACUGCAAUCUAUCAUAUUAAAAAGCAUCGUCUUGAUGGUAUAAUGCAUUUUGCUGAUGAAGAGCGGUCAUACAUGAGUGAUGUAUUUGAAGAAAUGCGGAAAAUCAGGCGGUUUGGUGCAUGGCCUGUAGCAAUUCAUACUGGGAUCAAGUACAGGGUGGUUUUAGAAGGUCCUAUAUGUAAAGGUAAUCGAGUCACUGGAUGGAAUACAAUCCAGAACAUCCAGAAGAAGAGUGCAGUUCGUCGAUUUCCAGUUGGUUUCUCUGGGUUUGCUUUCAACAGCACAAUGCUAUGGGAUCCUGAGAGGUGGAACCGCCCACCUAUGGAUUCUGUUAUUGUCCACUCAGGUGGAAGAGGUGGUUUGCAGGAGUCAAGAUUUAUUGAGAAGCUUGUUAAACAUGAGCGCCAGAUAGAGGGUCUCCCAGAAGAUUGCAACAGGGUUAUGGUUUGGAAUUUUAACUUGGAACCUCCUCUACUCAAUGUCCCCCCUGGCUGGUCAUUGCAUAAGAACCUUGAUGCCGUUAUUCCUGUAACAUAAUAUUUUGAUGCCAUGCCACCCACUGUGUAUGCUCGUACCUCGUACAGGUGGCCAUGAGGCUGCUCAGUGAUGCCUUCCUGAACAAACCGCACACUGGAUUACACGAAGUUGCCGUGGUUUGAUCCUCCAGCAAUUGUCAUAUCAGAUUAUCAGUAGCUGUGCCAAGCAAGAUGCCUGACCAAAUUUUUUUUCCUUUUUUUUUUCUUCUCCACUUUCUUUUUUUUUUUUGAGGUAAAUGUGUACUUCCUUUUUGUAUUCUGUUCAUUUUUUCCCCCAGAUAUCCACCAGCUAGAUGUUCCCCUAUAGAUUUUUUAGCUUCCUUUGUUUUACUGUGUGUUACCUUACAGAUGUAAAAUCAUGCAGCCAUUGUAACUGUUAAGAGCAAAGACAACACUAUUGAUACAUGAAAAGAUUUGAAUCAAAUAAUUUAGGUUGUGACUGGGAGUUGCUGUA